CUUAAGGAGGAUGUCUUUUGUGAAAGCAAAGAGAGGAAGAGACAGGGGGGAAAGAGAGCAGCUUUUUCGAGAGGCAGCUUCAACCAGUAACUCUUCUUCUUACGUUAAGGAUGCGAAGUGGACGAUCACUUUGGAUACAAACGCUGCUGCUAACUUCUUUACCACUAUGGGGAACACUUUGGGCUUCCACGUCUCCUCAAAACCCGCCGGCACCUGAACUACGGAUACAUUCGCGGUCCGGGGACUCUGUGGUGCUGGUUUGCCGGACCUCAGAAGGCCACCACGGAGUUCUCUUCAAACUCUUCAGAUUCACCAAGGAGGUGGAUUCAGUGGAGCUGUCGCCGUCUGAGGAGGUCCUCUUCACUGUCCAGCUCAAAGUGGCAACAAAACCUGAACUUUUUUGCUGUAUGUAUAAGAACCAGCAAGGCCUCUACAGUGCUUUCAGUCCCUAUUUAAAGACAGAACAUCAAAGAGAUGUUGCCCCCACACAGGCUCUACCCAGCCUGCCACCUCCAGUCUUAUCAGUGGAGCCCCCCGGCGGGAUGGUUGAACGUGGCGACAUGUUGUACUUCAGCUGCUCUGUCCCAGCUCUUCAGUCCACCUACAAACCAACCUCCUUCAUUUUGCUGAGGGCAUCAUCAGGGCGGGAGUCUAUAAUCAGCCAGAAUCAUGACGUACGCACGUCAAACUUGGAAUCCCAACCAGGGGUGUUCAGUGUGGGCCCGGUAAAGCAGGGAGAGGGCGGCGAGUAUGCCUGCCUCUACUACACCACUAGUGGAGUGGACAUAGUCAAUUCAACGAUCAGCAACAAAAUUCAAAUAACUGUUAGAGAUGAUCUGCCUGUACCCACCCUCGUUCUCCAGCAACACGCACAAGUGUGGCAUAUGCUCUGCACGGGAUCCCCUGCAUACCCCGGGGCUGUCUUCACCCUGUACUUGAUGGACAGUCAACUUCCCGUGGACAGUCACCAUGUACAAAUCACGAGUCACAAGAGCGCCUUCGCAAUGCCAGUGCAGGACACUCUGAUGGCUUUGUACCAGUGCCAGUACAGUGUCCUCUUGGGAGGGAAGUGGAUUAAUUCUGAACGCAGCGGCCCUCUGGCCAUUUCCAAAGAUCUUCCUCCUCCAUCAACACCAGAUGUGUCAGGUGAGGACUGGCCUCUUAUACUUGGCUCCUUAUCCACUGCGGUGCUCUUCCUCUGCUCACUGGCCCUCCUGGUGGUGGUGGUGCACAAAAAAGUGAAAGCAGCAGCUGAUGAAAAGAAGAAAAGAUCGGAAGCAAAGUUUUGGACUCAAGUUCACACCAGGGACCAUGUUGUUGACCUAACCCUCAGGUGUACCAGUGUCAACUCCCAGGAAUGGGCCAGGGGGGACAUGGGCACAGACAACACCUCCAGAUCCCCAUUAUGGAACUCCCACUCCACAUUCACAAACCCUAUCCAUUAGAAAUCUCUGUCUCGCUCUCUUUCUCUCUGUAUAUUUAUACAUUAUUAUGGUGUGCCUGUGUAGCAUCAGCUGGCUUUAAACACAGCAGGACAGGAAAAGCAAUUUCCUUACUUCCAAUUUCAUGUGGAGAGGCACGCUUCUUCAAUUAGACAGGAUGUGAUGUUUGCUUUACGUACCUGCCACUGAUCCACUAUUACUAAAUAAAAACUGCCGUGUUUACUUGUGA